CGACGUCUGUACCUGAUCUCGCCUGUCCUCUAAAACCUUCCACAGGUGGACAGAAGACAAGUGGAUCUUACAACAAACAUGAAGGCACAGAAAAGAGAAAGACGUGUGUUCAUGUCUCACAUAAGGAUUGUGGAUUCCUUUAACAAUAAAUCACUCAGUCCGCAAAUAUGUCCACUGCAUCAGAUGACCCCGCCCCCACCCGUCCCCAAGCCUCGGGCUCGUUACGCGCGUGACUCCGCCUCUUCUUCGGACAGAGAUCUGAUUGGCCCAAACACUUCCAAUGGAGUCCCGCUGAGGACAGAUGGAGAUGCUUCUCCUGUUGCUCCUCUUGCUGGAUCACUGGGCCUCCAGACAUUGGAAGGUGUUGCUGAAAUGCUCUCUGUGGACGCUGUGGUCGCCCCCGCCAGUGACUCCGCCCCCAGCCCACCAGCCCACGUGCCUGCUCCAUCAUCCCCUCCCUCCAUACACAGCAUGGCCAGCAGCAUCGCUAGCCACAUACCAAGUUUAGCAGGAGCUGCUAGCGUCAUUGCUAAUCCUGCUGUGGCUACGCCGAAGUCCUCCACUACGCCAACCAACGUUAGCUCAAUGAUGAACAUACACAGCUUAGCUUCUAUGCUUAGCAACGUGGCCAACCCAGACGCACGGUCAGCUCCACACCUGCCUGCUUUCAGAAGUAUCACAGGUGACUCAUACACUGAUGUGCUUGUUGUGGACCCAUCACCACCAGCAGAUGGAAAUGCUGCGUCCGCUGGACAAGAAGAAGAGGAAGAAGGUCUCUACAUCACUGUGUUGGAAAGUUGGGACGAUGACGCUGACUCGGACUCAUCCAACGAGGAGGAACAUUUGGAAUCUUCCUCUGAGGCUAACGAACAAAUGAGAGAUGACCUUGCUCACAGCCUGCUCCACGGCAGCAACGUCGCUCCCGGCCGAUCAGCCAGCGUCAUACCCGCUCGCCCAGCACCGCCCCCUCCUUUGCAUGCUGGCCAAUCAGCCAAGACCAGGAAAAAUUCCAAACAAAAGACUCCAAGUGUUGCCACAAUUCGAGUGUCAAGGAAGAAAGGAUAUGGCACACACGCCGUCCCACAAAGUGCUGUGGUCCGAGCAAGCUGGCUGGACACUUGGAAGGGCUUCAGGCAUUAUGUCUUUUGGGUGACAUUUGAUGGACAGUUGAUGUCACUGUGGAAAAAACGAACAGACCACUUCAGCGAGGUUCUCUUUCACGUGUCCAGUAUCACUAAUGUGAAGAAACUAGACAAGAGAAGGUUCUCGGUUUACUUCAAGAAGAAACAUUAUGACUUCAUGGCUCACAGUGACGAUGUUCAAGAUGGUUGGAUCCAGUCUCUGUUGGCAUCUCGGGGACAAGCGAGUCCUGCAGGUCCAGACCUGCAUGGACCGAUCACCAUCAAGGAUCCAAAGAGCCGUUUCUACGCUGCAGUCUGGGGUCACGACCUCUGGAUUUACCCCAACAAAGACGGCUUCCAGCUGGGCGUGGCUUCCUACAGCAUUCCUCUGAACCUGGCCUCUGUCAGGGCGACCGGAAAACACUCAUUUACCCUGACCACCCCCUUCAGGACCAUCAACCUGUCUGUUGAUUCGUCAAAGGAUCUGUCUGUCUGGGUAGAGGGCCUGUCCUCGUCAAUCUGCAGCGCUCUGUCCUGCAGCCAGGUGGCGACGCGUUUAUGGAAAAAUCCCUCCAAUCAACAGUGCGCCGAUUGCAGCGCUGCCGACCCCGAAUGGGCGUCGGUCAAUUUGCUGCUCGUCAUCUGUCACAGCUGUGCAGGUCACCAUCGAGCUCUCGGCAGCACCCUUUCCAAGGUGCGGAGUCUGAAGAUGGACAACAAGGUCUGGACAGAACCACUCAUACAGCUGUUCGUUACCUACGGUAACAGGCUGGCCAAUCAGGUGUGGGCCCCGCUGGUGCCCCCCGCAGAGCAGAUACGUCCCGAGUCUUCGGAUGAGCACAGGUCAAAGUUUAUCCAGGAUAAAUACAGCAGGGGGCGCUACCGACGAGUCCAUGCGCUCGCGUCCUCUUCUGGUCUGAUGCAGCAGAGGCUGCGGGAGGUCAUUUGUGGUAUCGAUGUCCAAGAAACCGUGUCACUUAUCUUCUCAGGGGCAAAGGUGUGUCAAACGGAUCCUCAGCACCCCUCCCCCAUCCAGCUGGCUGAGAGGGCGGGGCAGGCUCUGCAGGCAGAGAUACUUAAGCUCAAUGAGUAUACAGAAGUUCCACCUUACCUUCCCAAAAUAAGAUACAGGCGAGCUGACUCCGCCCCCUCAGAAGAGGAAGAGGAGGAGCUCCACGGCAAACUGGAGGAAGAUCGCUUCCUCUUUUCGUUAGAAAAUGACUCUGCGGCAUGUGACGUCCUCGACUUGCGAGACGUUUUGUCACUUUUCCGAAAAGACGGGCCGACCUUUCAGUUUGAGUUGGUCACGUUAGACAAUCAGAUCAUUUGCGUGGCUGAAAGCGAGGACGAGCUCCUGACGCACCUGGUCCACAUCCUUAAGGUGAUUCUGCCAGGGGGCGUGUCCUACGCGGAGGUGUGUGGGGCUUUGGCGGUUAGUAAAGUGUGUGUUGUUGAGGUGGGCGCAGCCUCGGACAACCCUGACGCCUGGUUGCUGCUUUGGGAUGGCGGAGUGAGCGUUCACCACACUCACAGACACUCACAGCAGGCUCUAAUGAUGGAACUGAGCACGCUCAGUCACCACGAGAUGGAGCCAUCUGAAGACGUCAUCACCAUGGUAGCCGGAGACAGGCACGUUUCGCUGCACUUUGAUGAAGACUACAGCUGUCGUAGCUGGUACCGCCUCCUGCAGGAUGCUCUGGCCAAUCACAAAUCUUCAGAACAUCCGGCAGCCCAUCAAUGUCUGUACCCACUGGCGGACCUUAAAGUGAUGGGCUCGGUGCCGCUGGCCGUGGAACGCUGCAUCAGCCACAUUCAAGACUACGGUCUGAAGGUGGAGGGCGUGUACCGCCGCUGCGGCUUGGCCUCCAAAGUGUCACAGCUGGUGGAGGCCUUGGUGAAAUCUCCAAGCUCCGCUUCUCUGGAGACAGAUGAACAAGGUGUUUUGGACGUAGCCGCUGCCCUCAAACAAUACAUCCGCCAGCAGGAAGCACUCUUCCCUGAGAGGGAGAGGAAGGACUGGAUACGUGCUGCAAUGAUUUCAGAUGAACGUGAGAGGUUUUCAGCCUACCGCCGGUUGCUACGGCAACUGCCUGUUAGCAAGCAUGUGACGGUGGACACGUUGUUUGGACACUUUUACAUGGUUCAGACAUUCUCUCAAGUUAACAAGAUGUCGGCCCACAACCUGGCCCUGGUUCUGGUUCCCUCACUCUUCCACAGUUUGAAUGCUGACCUGCUCAAACUGACCCGCGAGUUCAUCAUCCACCACGGGAUGAUCUUCCUGACACACGAACAGCAUCAUGCAGAUGAGGAGGAGGAGCAGAUCACAGUCUUCUGAAGAAGAAGACAACCUGAAUACUAAUCAUCAAUAGUCUCUGUAGUUCACUGGCUCAAUAAGCUUGACCUCCUCUACGGAUCUUUUUAUGCUUCAGCUCAUACGUUCUCUGAACAGCAGUUAGACCAUGUGACAGAAUACUCUCUGGACCCUGAAGGACGCCCUAUGAAGUUUGACUUUCAUGUCGUUGUUGUUGUUAGGAGACAUGAGGCCCUCGUCCACCAAACCCAACAACUUUAUUACCAACAACUUCAUCUGCUGCAAUUCCACCGCACCUCGUUGUCAUUUAUUCCAAUCAGGCCGACUGGUAUCUUCCUACAUUGAUUCCAUGUCAAUAAGCAGACAAUAUUAGGUCAAAUGUAAGUACUGAGUCAAAUACUAAAUAAAACAUUUGAGUUCGUUUAUCCCGAGAAGAAAUCAGUCGAACACACUUUUCUGUAUUUUCAAUCUUUAGUGAAGCAAUUGUCACAAAGCACAGCGUGGGGGCUUCAGUCCGUCCACUGUAAGAGUCGGAGGAAGAAGCCUCAAACUAGGAAGUAACUGCUCUAUAUCCUCUUCUGGGGUUCCACCCUCGCAGGGGUGGGACCGCUCCCCUGCAUGUAUCAGUGGUGUGGCUAUGUGUCUGCUUCUAACUGGUUCCAGCUUGUGUCAGUCCAGGGUGUGUGUGUAUGUGUGUGCGUGUGACUGGCACGCAUUUUGACCACUGAACAUGCCCGUACGCCUCGCCGCCCUCCAGGCACGCAACCCGCAAUCCAGCCAAGAGCCCAGUCCCCAAAACCUGUCCCGCCCGGUACCUGCAUCAAAGCACAGCAUUUCUUUUGCGAUGUAGCAAAAUACACUUUGUGUGAGUGCACACCAUUUUGGGCUGUUCGUUUGUAUUUACGUCGCCCGAAUGUCUCAAUGAGUGUUGACUGUCGGGACGAAGGCUCUGCAUCUACAUGUGUACUUUUUUCCACUGUUGUUUUUGGCAGCCAUUUUAUUUUUAGUCUUAGUCCUUUGGACGAAAAUGCUUCUUGUUUUAGUAACAUUUUAACCAGUUCUAUAUAUGACAGUUUUAGUCAACAAAACUAAACAUGUUUUAGCCAGUUCAGUUUUAGUAAAAAAAAAUUAUAAAAUAAAAAAAAUGCUUUAUGUCUACGAAAUUGGAUGAGGAAAAAAACAAAGAGGCGAUACAAUUACUCUCUUUGUGUACAAAGUGCAUCUCCUGUAAAGGUCUACAGGUAAUAACAAUGUAGGAAGCACAUGUGAGAGACACAACAUGUGGGUGGAUGCUGCGUGACGGUGAGCCAAUCAGCGCAGAAGAUGCUGAAUAACUUCCUGUACUGUAUAGUACAGGGGUGGACACUACAGCCCGGGGGCCACAUCCGGCCCGCCAGUUGCUUCCAAAGUAUUUACUGUAAUAUAAACUUUAACAUACAAGCUGGCAACAUGACAAUCUGAGCCAGGGGUGCUCACACUUUUUCAGCCUGCCAGCUACUUUUAGUCCCAAAGAUCUACCUUCUACUAUAAAUACAGAAAAUAUAUAUAUUUACUAUACAGUGGUAUGAAAAAGUAUCUGAACCUUUUGGAAUUUUCCCACAUUUCUGCAUAAAAUCACCAUCAAAUGUGAUCUGAUCUUUGUCAAAAUCACACAGAUGAAAACACAGUGUCUGCUUUAACUAAAACCACCCAAACCUUUAUAGGUUUUUAUAUUUUAAUGAGGAUGGCAUGCAAACAAUGACAGAAGGGGGAGGAAUAAGUAACUGAACCCUCACAUUUAAUAUUUUGUGGCCCCCCCUUUGGCAGCAAUAACUUCAACCAGACACUUCCUGUAGCUGCAGAUCAGUCUGGCACAUCGAACAGGACUAACCUUGGCCCAUUCUUUUCUACAAAACUGCUGUAGUUCAGUCCAAUUCCUGGCAUGUCUGGCAUGAUUCGCGGUCUUGAGGUCAUGCCACAGCAUCUCAAUGGGGUUCAAGUGUGGACUUUGACUUGGCCACUCCAGAACAUGUAUUUUGUUCUUCUGAAACCAUUCUGAAGUUGAUUUACUUCUGUGUUUUGGAUCAUUGUCUUUUUGCAGCAUCCAUCCUCUUUUUAGCUUCCACUGUCUGACAGACGGCCUCAGGUUUUCCUGCAAAACAUCCUGAUAAACUUUUGAAUUCAUUUUUCCAUGAAUGAUUGCAAGUUGUCCAGGCCCUGAGGCAGCAAAACAGCCCCGAACCAUGAUGCACCCUCCACCAUGCUUCACGGUGGGGAUGAGGUGUUGAUGUUGGUGAGCUGUUCCAUUUUUCCUCCACACAUGACGUUGUGUGUUCCUCCCAAACAAUUCAACUUUGGUUUCAUCAGUCCACAAAAUAUUUUGCCAAAACUUCUGUGGAGUGUCCAAGUGCCUUUUUGCGAACAUUGAACGAGCAACAUUGUUUUUUUAGACAGCAGUGGCUUCAUCCGUGGAGUCCUCCCAUGAACACCAUUCUUGGCCAUUGUUUUACAUAUAGUUGAUGUGUGCACAGAGAUAUCGGACUGUGCCAGUGAUUUCUGUAAGUCUUUAGCAGACACUCUGGGGUUCUUUUUUACCUCUCUGAGUAUUCUGCGCUGAACUCUUGGCGUCAUCUUUGGUGGACGGCCACUCCUUGGGAGAGAAGCAACGGUGCCAAACUCUCCAUUUGUAGACAACUUCUCUGACUGUCGAUUGAUGAACAUCCAGACUUUUAGAGAUGGUUUUGUAUCCUUUCCCAGCUUUAUACAAAUCAACAAUUCUUGAUCGCAGGUCUUCAGACAGCUCUUUUGAGCGAGCCAUGGUGCACAUCAGACAAUGCUUCUCAUCAAGACAAUUCUUACCAAUUCUGUGUGUUUUGUAGUGGGCAGGGUAGCUUUAAACCACUCAUCAGUGAUUGGGCACACACCUGACUUGAAUUGUUUGGUAAAAAUUGGUUUCAAUUGCUCUUUAAG